AUGAGUGGCUUUUACUCCGAUAACCAGACAAAGCAAAAUGCAUUUGAUCGUUAUUACAAUGCAAUGGCGAAGUCCGAUUUCGUUCAAGGCAAGAAGCUAAAGGCUUUAAUUCGAAAAGAGAAUUUGGAUGAUGCAAGCACUGACUCACUUGCGCAUUUGUUUCAGCAAGUGAUGGGGAAGAAGCGUGAGUAUGAGUAUGAUCAAAUCACAAAAAAGCAAUUGAAAGUAAGAAGAAGCAUACAUACGUUUCGAAAUCAACUGAUGCAGACUUUAAUAUGGAUGAGCCCACUGCACCUGAAGAAUCAUUCGAGGACUUUUUCAGUGGAGUAA